CGCUCAGCGCCCGCCCCGCUGGGCCCGGGGGCUCCGGUCGCUCCCCUCAGGCGGGGAUGGCGGCGGAGGACGAGGCGGAGCUGAGCCUGCUGGAGUGCCGGGUGUGCUUCGAGCCGUACGGCCCCGACGGGCAGCGGCGGCCGCUCAACCUGCCCUGCGGGCACGUCCUCUGCCGGGGCUGCGUGGGGGCCCUGGCCGGCGCCGAGCGCCAGAGGCUGGAGUGUCCCUUCUGCCGGCGGCUCUGCGGCCCGGCCGAGACCAGCGACUGCCGCCCGCUGCUGCAGCUGCUGGAGCUCCUGGGCCCCGCCGGCGGCGGCCUCGCCUCGGCCCUGGGCAGGAGCGGCGGAGGGGCGGCGGCGGCGGCGCCCGCGGGGCUCGGGCUGCGGCUGUGCCUGGGGGGCUGGGGGUCGCUGGUGAACCCCACCGGGGUGGCGGCCUGCCCCGGGUCGGGCGGCCUGGCAGUGGCACACGACGGCAAGAAGAGGAUCCACGUCUUCGGGCCGAGCGGGUUCUGCCUGCGGCGGUUCGGGGAGCGGGGGGACGCGAGCAACGACAUCAAGUAUCCGCUCGAUGUGACCGUCACGUCGGACGGGCACGUGGUGGUCACCGACGGCGGGGACUGCUCCGUGAAGGCCUUCGAUUCUGAGGGAAGGGGGGUGCUGGCGGUCCGGGAAAGCUUCUGUUUGCCCUGGGGCUUGGAUGCCACCCCCGGGAGCGAAGUAAUCCUGACCGACUCGGAGGCCGGCGCGCUCUACCGCUUGGCGGCCGACUUCCAAAGGGGGGAAUUGAGGAAGUGCCAGAUGAUCCGGUCCCGGCUCGUCAGCCCCAGGGCGGUUGCAGUCUGCCAGACCUCGGGUGCUGUCGUGGUAGUAGAGCACCUGAAAGCUCGAGGUGCGAGCAGGGGCAGCACCCGAGUGACGAUAUUCAGUGCGGAGAUGGAUCUCAUCGGCCAGGUGGACAGCUUCGGCCUGAACCUCGUUUUCCCCUCCAGAAUAUAUGCUACGGCUGUGGCCUUUGACAAAGAAGGUCGUGUUAUAGUAACAGAUGUUUGUAGCCAGGCUGUCAUAUGCUUAGGGAAACCUGAGGAAUUUCCCGUCUUUAAUCCUCUAAUUAGCCACGGGCUUUGUUAUCCUGUCGGACUGACUUACACGGCAAACAAUUCCCUCGUCGUUUUAGACAGCGGUGAUCAUUCAGUGAAGUUGGUAUUUUUCAGACUUCUCUACUGCCUGGCCAGACAGCAAGUGCCUUUGGAAGAACCAGAAAUCCUCUUGGCUGUUCUGCAAUACAAACUGCAUGGCCCUGAGCAGGAGCCCAGCUGGGAGGUCAGGAAGGAAAUUUACUCAGAGAAGGAGACCCCUGGAUUAUAUAUGCCUUUCUAGAUGCCAAGGAGAUGCCUGCCUUUGAUAGAACCAAUUAGAUAACACUUCCUUUGGGGGACUGCUGUGUGUCAAAAUGCAUGCAAUGCCACCAAUGCUGUAUUCAUACAUAAUUAAUACUUUGUCACAGUAACACUUCCUCUGAACCAUGGGCUGUGAGCUUUCAUAUUCUCAAACCUUUGUGUGCACCAGGAGCUUGUUUUUGCUACUAAAUUCAUGGAUGGGAAAAUUUCCUAGGACCUACUGCCAUGUAUGCAACUUUCCAGCGGCUAAAAUGCUGAUUUUUAAACAUUUGACUCAUACUGUUUUAAAAUCUAUAAAAACUCCCAUUGUUGCCCAUUCUGUUCCUGACUCCUUUGGUAACUAGAAGUCACUUGAUUUUUGGGUUUGUAAGCAAAAUAAACUUUGGGACUUUAUUCUACCUAAUAGAAUUGUUUUUUCUUUGUGCCAUCUCCUGCAGUCCCUGCUUUACCUACCUACUAAAAGCAAACUUCUGUGAACAUUGCAACUUUUCUUUUUACUCUACAGCUUGGUGCUUAGUGUUGUACAACACUGAAUCGAAGGAACCAUUACAUUCUGCCUUAAUUAAUUUGAUGCAGGUGCCUAAAUUGAGAAGCCGUAAUGAACUAUAUAAAACCAAAUAUUAAAAAUUUUUAAUUCUUUGGUGCUGAAGGGAAAAUGCAGCAGUAAAGCUGAAAUCUUUCUUUUGACACAAAAUCUUAUGUCCUGAGAGAAGGAUGGCAAAUAUUGAAGGGCCCAUGGUUGAACUGAUUCUUUAGGUUUGGGAUCUGACUGGAUGUGCUUACAAUGGGGAUAGCUAGAUAGUGCUUACCUUUGGAAAAGAGUGGUGGCCAUUCCAUUUUGAAAGGAACACAGGACUGUGUCUAGAUGCUUCAGUGACAGUUAGUGUUGAGUUUAUUUAAUUUUUUUUAUGGAUUCAUCACCUUUGCUUAACUUUCUGCACCUCAUGCUCUAGCCAUUGGAUUAAAACCAA